AUGUUUCGAUCUUCUUCAAAUUUGACAACCAAUGAGCCCGAGUGGAAGACUAACUGGAAUGAGGUUCAACCGACCUUACAGAAAGUUCGUCGAUCGUUAGCUUCUAUGAGAACCUCUUCCAUAAAAGUGAUGAGGGUUAGUCAGCUUGAUUCUGACAUCCUGGACGUUGAACUAUUCGAUAUUCUAAAGGAACAACUUUGGAGUGCUCUCUCUCUGUUUAAACCUACAAUAAAAGAACGCUUUGAACCAGAGCUACUUGGUUUAUUAAAUUUGAUAUUGUUCAAACUAUCUGUUUACGACUCCUCAGCGACUUAUGGUGCUCAACUACAAAACCUGCAAUAUAGAAAUGAGCAAAAGCAUGGAGGGGCAUUGGAAUCAAUUGCAAAAAAUGCUGCUUUGACAAAAACACAAAAAAUCUUAUACGGUCUAUUUGCAGUAGGUGGUCAAUACGUCUGGACACGGUUGAAUCGAUAUAUUACAUCUGAAGGAUGGGGAGAAUUAGAGGAGUUUGAUCCCAGGAAUAAGAUCUAUCGUGUUUUACAAACAGGGGAAAAGUAUUGGAAAGCCUUUUCCUUACUGAACUUUUUGAUCUUUUUACGUAACGGAAAAUACCGUACGUUAAUAGAUCGCGUAUUGCGAAUGAGAUUAGUAUAUGCCAAAAAAUCAAUGAAUCGGCAAGUCAGUUUCGAGUUUCUCAACAGACAAAUGGUUUGGCAUGCCUUCACUGUAAAGUAUAACUGA